GGCUUCAACUGCAUCUGGAUUCUCCCAGCUACUACUUGUAGUAUUGGAUCAGCCUCUUGCGUAGCUCGAUCGCGGCCACUUUCACAAGAUAGCUUCCGGCUUCCGCCCGUCGCAUAUUAG